AUGGCGGAAGAGACGGCAAUGAAUGGCGUCGACGAUCAAGUGACGGAGAAUUUCUACAAUUCCGAUCAGACGGUGGAGCUGAGCCGAAAGGUUGAGAUUCUGGAACAAGAGAAGCUGAAAUUGGCUGGUGAGAAUGAAGAAACGAAAGAGAAGAUUAAUAAAUUGAUGAUUGAGAUCGAGAAGGAGAGGAGCGAUGAAUCAGAGCUCAAAGAGAGGUUGAGAGAGAUGGCGAAGGAGAUCGAGAGUUUCGAAGAGGACAAGGAGGCAUUGGGAGCGAUCGCGACGGAUUUGGAGACUGAAGUCUCGAGGCUCCAACACGAUCUGAUCACUGCCAUGUCCGACGGCGGGGCGGCGUCGGCAGAGGUUGGAGCUUCAGAGGGUUUUAAGAGAGAAAGAAGUGAAGAUUGA